AUGGCGGAUUCAGCGGAACACACCCUGGCCGACGCCAAGGGCGACCAGACUACCUUUGAUGAGAUGGAACUGCAUGAGAAAGAAGCCUUCGACAGGCUGAUGCGGCCGUGCGACAGCUACAAUGUCGACGGCCAGUACUGGGCCGACCUCCCUAUCGGCCGGCGCCUCCGCUUCGUGGCGUCUACGGACGUCACCGAGGCUCGUUCCGAGUUCUCAUGGCUGCGCAACAUGUUCAAGACCGACCCCUUAUCACCCGUCGGCUACUAUCUGAAGAACGCCGUGCUGCCCGGUGCCGGUCUUGGUUUGGAAGGCUACGUCCUUUUCUCCAUCGGAAACGUCACGCCUCUCUUCCAGUCCUCUUUUCCCGACUGCUGGAAGUCCCACAAGACAUGCAACAAGAACUGGAUCGCCGCGACCGGCUACCUGGAAGUGGUUGGUAUCCUGAUCGGUCAGAUUCUGGUCGGCUUUCUCGGUGACUGGAUCGGUCGUCGUUGGGGUCUCAUCCAGGAUGCGACAAUCAUGUUUGUUGGUUUGCUGAUGCUCACGGCCGCCUGGGGUGUCACCCAGAAUGGCUGGAUCAUCUGCUACGCCUGGUCUCUCUUCUUCUACAGUAUCGGCGUGGGUGGCGAGUAUCCGAUGACGGCCACCAUCGGCAUGGAAAACGGCGUUGGCUCCGGCAAGAUCUCCACGCACGAAGAUCGUCUGCACCGGGGCCGCAAAGUCAUCAAUGCCUUCCUGAUGCAGGGCUGGGGCCAGUUCGCCAACCAGGUGAUCUUAAUCAUUCUGCUUCUCAUCUUCCACCACGGCGACGGAACGCCCCCGAUUUCCGCCACUACGACCCAGUGGACCUACCGAGUGUCGUUCGGCAUCCCUGCCGUCGGUACAUUGUGGUUGAUCUACUACCGUGCUUAUCACAUGAAGGCCGCUAGCAAGCAGCUCGCCGUCGCUAAGAAGAAGGCGUCUGUCACAGGCUAUGACAGCCAGUCCCUGGCCCUCACCUUCAAGCACUUCACCCCCCGUCUGAUCGCCACCGCUGGCGGCUGGUUUGCGAACGACGUCUUCUUCUAUGGCAAUAAGCUCUUCCAGGGUAACUUCAUCAAGAUCAUCAGCCCCCACUCCACGUCCCUGAUGACCAACUGGCUCUGGAACCUGGUCAACAUCGCUGUCAGUCUGUGUGGUUACUACAUGGCCGCCUGGUUUGUUGAUAACAAGCUCUAUGGCCGCAAGUGGAUGCAGAUCAUCGGAUUCCUGAUGUGUUUCAUCAUGUUUAUCAUCCCUGCCUUUGCCUUCAAGUACUACCAGGAGCCCAUGCACAUCCACUCCUUCCAGGCAAUGUACUUCCUCAGCUCUUUCUUCAACCAAUUUGGCCCGAACUGCAUCACCUUUCUCGUGGCCGCUGAGGUCUUCCCGACCCCGAUCCGUGCCACUGCUCACGGUCUGUCUGCUGCUGCCGGCAAGCUCGGUGCUCUAGUCAUCGCCAUUGUCGGCGCCUACACCACUACCCAGCAGAUGUUCUACAUCGUCCCGUGGUUCGGCCUCUUCGGCAUGCUCAUCACCUGGCUCUUCCUCCCCGACACCACCGGACUUGACCUGCGUGAGCAGGAACGCCGCUGGCGGUACAUCCGCGAGGGCCGCGAACAUGAGUACCACGGCCCCGCCGUCCACCCUAAGCACCUCUCGGUGUGGGAACGCCUGAUGGGCAAGGGCAAGCACUAUGACGCCGGUGCCGACUACCAGGCCAAGGUCCAGGAGUUCCGCAAGGAAUGGGAGACUGCCAUGGCUGACCGGGUCGCGGAGAAAGAGGGUCUGUUCGAUGCUGACGAUGUUGACGACGAUAUCCUGCAUGGUUCCGUGCACACCUACUUCGAGCGCACCAGCCCCAACUUCCGUGCGCAGGAGAAGGACACUGGCGCCCAGAAGCCUUUGAGCCUUCCUCCUGCGGCCUCUGAGCAGUAA